AUGGCUUUUGUGCGAAAUCUCAAACCUUCCAGGUUGUCUUGGGCGCAUUACAAGCAGCAAACCAUCAUCUUCAAUAAAUGGAACCGAGCGAUCGCUCUUCCGGUGUCUUCUGUAGUUUUAUCGGGUAAUGAUACCGUCAAGUCAUUUGCUGACCUUCCCGGACCCGUCAAUCUUCCAGUUGUAGGAACAUCCUGGAGCGUUUUGGUUGGAAAGAAAGGCGAGUCACUCGGAAAGCGGAUACUGUCGGUACAGAGAGACCAUGUUAAUAAGUACGGCAAUAUCCUCAAACAAAGCCUUGCUGGUCAUACCAUGGUUGAAAUUGCGGAUCCCGCGGAUGUCACAAAAGUACUGCGAUCCGAGGCGAAGUAUCCACAACGAUUCGAGUUUCCUAUUCUUGAUUAUUAUCGCGAAAAACGGCAAAAGAUUCCUGGCGUGUUCUUUGCAGAUGGCCCUGAGUGGUACAAACUUCGCAGUGUUUUAAGCAAACGCAUGCUUCGACCCAAACAAGUGGCUGAUUACGCUUCGGGUUUUAACGACAUUAUAACUGACUUUGUUUACAGAUUACGCUCAGUUCGUGAGCCUAAAGAAUCAGCCCAUGCUUACGAGGUUAGUGAACUUGAUAACGAGUUAUUCAAGUGGUCAUUUGAGUCUGUUGCAGAGAUGCUCUUUGACAAGAGAUUUGGUUGUCUUGAACCACAAGUAAACGAAGAAGCCCAGAUCUUUAUUAAAGCGGUCGGAGAUUUUCUCCACAAUGCAGUCGUAGUAGGGUUCUUACCAGUAUGGUUCUAUAAGAUCUAUGAGACCCAACAGUUCAAAGAGUUCUGUAAUAAUUUCGACAUCAUGUACAAAUACGCUGAAUUGUUUAUUGAGAGAAGGAUAAAGGAGCUCAAGCCUCAUGACUCGACAAGACUGGAGGAUGACAAAGCAGGUUUCUUCGAGUAUCUUCUUUCAAGUGGAAAGCUCACUAUCGCAGAUCUGCUUGCGUGUGUGAUUGACGUUCUGUUCGCCGGAGUUGACACAACCUCCAACACGAUGCAGUGGGUUUUAUAUAUGAUGGCCAAACACCCAAACAGACAAGAAAUUUUACGCCACGAAGUCAUUUCUGUCCUCGGAAAUGAAACGAUUGCCAGCCCCACUGACCUUUCACAGAUGCCUUACCUGAAAGCCUGGGUUCGGGAAACGUUGCGAUUGUAUCCUGUUUUAUCGGCAUUGUUCCGAAUUUUGCCCACGGAUAUGGUUCUUAGUGGGUAUCACAUCCCCGCAGGCACUCAAGUUAAUGUCUUGGCCUAUUACAUGAGCCGAGAUGAAAGUAUUUUCAAAGAUGCCCAUAAAUUCCAACCAGAAAGAUGGCUUCGCGACAAGGAACCACAUAGCAGCAAGUUUAUUGAUUCCAAAGAGGUAUUCUCUUCUAUUCCGUUCGGGAUUGGUACCCGUAUGUGUCUUGGUCGCCGUAUAGCUGAGCUGGAGCUCCAUCUUUUAUUGGCCAGAAUCGUGCAGCAGUUUGACAUCCGUUACCCCCCUGAUGCUGAUGAUGUACAGCCAUAUAACAGGGGGGUGACUAUUCCUGACAGACCAAAAGAGUUUUCACCAUAGUUAUGUAAUCAGCCUUGGGGUUGUAGUGGUAAAGUAAAGUAGCAUAAAUAGCAUAAAUUAAAAUUUAAUGCGUUAUCCAUGGAACUUCCACCAGCAAACUUGUCAGUAUGAUCGAGCCGCAUUAACUGAGCUAUUAACAGUAAAAAAACAAUGUAAACGCAUUUCAUGGCAACGAAUGAAUAAAAUAACAUAUGCUUUACAAAGCCGAUACACCUCGUCAGCGAAGUAGGACGCAAAACAUAUGUUUUCUUAUCUCGAUUUCUGCUGUUAUUUUUAAGCGAAUGGUCAAAAUCACAUCCAUUUUCGGCUCAUACAGGUUCUUAAGAACAGCAUAACAUGACAUUUUCUCACUUUCAGAUCACUUUCCAGCAAGCUGGAAUUUGUAUAUCCCCCGUGAUCUUCCGAAGUCAGGAGCGUAAGUGCUCAUUUUCUCGUCAAGUUUAACGCCUGGACGAGUCAAAUGCUCUUGAAAUCCAAUCCCCAAGUUAACCAUCGUACUCAUUUGAAAGACUCCUUCAUGUCUUAAAUUUGGUAAGACCUCUAACCGUGCUGUAGUAAAAUUGGCCACAAAGAAAACUCGGAGUCUUAGCAGCGAACGCCGAACGAUGUACGCUCUCAGCGAAGAAUUUUAUCCCACCGAACUUCGGCGAACGCGUGCUUUUUCGGAAACGAUAGAUCUUCGCACUCUCGAGUUCGGACCCGAUUAAUUACGAAGUCCGUCUACUGGGUGUGAGCGAGUGACUCAUUUGCAUUAUCUCUGUCCCUGCAAUAACUCCUGGUACGCUGGCGCGUUCCCACGAGUUAAAAACAGUACAAGAAAGCUCAGAUUACUAAGUCAAUAGAAUUGACAUGUCACAGGCAUUCUAAUUUUCUAAAUUUCGAACAAGAGAUGAAAUUAUAAGAGAUUUUACUGUUUGCAGUGGCGGAUCCAGGGGAGGGGCCCGUGGGGCCCGCCCCCCCCUUAUUUUUCGACCAAAAUGAGGGCCGAAAAACAUUUUUUGGGAGACCGGUCCCCCCCCCUUACCCCAGGGUUUGGAUGACAGCCCCCCCCCCCCCCCCCCUCUUAUCUUAAGGUCUGGAUCCGCCACUGGUUUGGGAUUUAAAAUGUGGCCGUUGGCCGUAUUAACGGGUGACCGCAUUAACGGGAUUUCUUUUAUAUAUAUGGAUGUUUUGUUAGGCCGAAAAAAUCUGGCCGUAAUAAGAAUGUGACCGUAUCGCCGAGGUGACCGCAAGGCAGGGUUCCACUGUAAUACAAACCUUAGUAAGCGGAUUCAUACCAAAUUUUAGUGCGAUUAUUUAUUCAACUACUGUUUUAUAUCGAAUCAAAAGAAAUUUGCGAGCCAAGGCCUAGCCCAAGAUUUGAUUCGCUUACAAACAAUAACCGGAUUAUCUAUGGUUAUCAUUCUCGACUCCCCAUUCGGCCUUUCAUUGAUGUACUCAAUUACGUAUGACGAAUCACACAAUCCAGGCACACAAUCAGGAGCCCAUGACACAUUACAUAACCUGGUCGGUUAUGUAAAUUUCUGUCUGCCUCUGCCUCGCGUACCGACAACGACCUUCAAAUAGGUUAUGCAACAAAGCCAAGGCUAAAAACAAAUUGCUUUAAAAAAAUGCUGUUGCAUCUCACAAGAAGAAUGGCAAGUAUGAUCUUAAAGCAAUACUGAUGGCUUUUGUGCGAAAUCUCAAACCUUCCAGGUUGUCUUGGGCGCAUUACAAGCAGCAAACCAUCAUCUUCAAUAAAUGGAACCGAGCGAUCGCUCUUCCGGUGUCUUCUGUAGUUUUAUCGGGUAAUGAUACCGUCAAGUCAUUUGCUGACCUUCCCGGACCCGUCAAUCUUCCAGUUGUAGGAACAUCCUGGAGCGUUUUGGUUGGAAAGAAAGGCGAGUCACUCGGAAAGCGGAUACUGUCGGUACAGAGAGACCAUGUUAAUAAGUACGGCAAUAUCCUCAAACAAAGCCUUGCUGGUCAUACCAUGGUUGAAAUUGCGGAUCCCGCGGAUGUCACAAAAGUACUGCGAUCCGAGGCGAAGUAUCCACAACGAUUCGAGUUUCCUAUUCUUGAUUAUUAUCGCGAAAAACGGCAAAAGAUUCCUGGCGUGUUCUUUGCAGAUGGCCCUGAGUGGUACAAACUUCGCAGUGUUUUAAGCAAACGCAUGCUUCGACCCAAACAAGUGGCUGAUUACGCUUCGGGUUUUAACGACAUUAUAACUGACUUUGUUUACAGAUUACGCUCAGUUCGUGAGCCUAAAGAAUCAGCCCAUGCUUACGAGGUAAGUGAACUUGAUAACGAGUUAUUCAAGUGGUCAUUUGAGUCUGUUGCAGAGAUGCUCUUUGACAAGAGAUUUGGUUGUCUUGAACCACAAGUGAACGAAGAAGCCCAGAUCUUUAUUAAAGCGGUCGGAGAUUUUCUCCACAAUGCAGUCGUGGUAGGGUUCUUACCAGUAUGGUUCUAUAAGAUCUAUGAGACCCAACAGUUCAAAGAGUUCAGUAAUAAUUUCGACAUCAUGUACAAAUACGCUGAAUUGUUUAUUGAGAGAAGGAUAAAGGAGCUUAAAGCCAAGCCUCUUGACUCGACAAGACUGGAGGAUGACAAAGCAGGUUUCUUCGAGUAUCUUCUUUCAAGUGGAAAGCUCACUAUCGCAGAUCUGCUUGCGUGUGUGAUAGACGUUCUGUUCGCUGGAGUUGACACAACCUCCAACACGAUGCAGUGGGUUUUAUAUAUGAUGGCCAAACACCCAAACAGACAAGACAUUCUACGCCACGAAGUCAUUUCUGUCCUCGGAAAUGAAACGAUUGCCAGCCCCUCUGAACUUUCACAAAUGCCUUAUCUGAAAGCCUGGGUUCGCGAAACGUUGCGAUUGUAUCCUGUUUUAUCAGCAUUGUUCCGAAUUUUGCCCACAGAUAUGGUUCUUAGCGGGUAUCACAUCCCCGCAGGCACUCAAGUUAAUGUCUUGGCCUGUUACAUGAGCCGAGAUGAAAGUAUUUUCAAAGAUGCCCAUAAAUUCCAACCAGAAAGAUGGCUUCGCGACAAGGAACCACAUAGCAGCAAGUUCAUUGAUUCCAAAGAGGUAUUCUCUUCUAUUCCGUUCGGGUUUGGUACCCGUAUGUGUCUCGGUCGCCGUAUAGCUGAGCUGGAGCUCCAUCUUUUAUUGGCCAGAAUCGUGCAGCAGUUUGACAUCCGUUACCCCCCUGAUGCUGAUGAUGUACAGCCAUAUAACAGGGGGGUGACUAUUCCUGACAGACCGCUAAGAGUACAAUUUGUAGACAGGACAUUUUAG